AUAGAUUACAGCUUCGCCUUUUAUUUUGACUGGCGUUUCGAAUCGUUCGAGAUAAAACAUGGCGUCUUCAAGUUCAAGCUCACACGUGAAGCUGCCACUGCCGCGGCAGGAAGCCUCGUCAUCAUCUACUUCUACUUUAAGAGUAAGACUAGACUCGGGACGCGACCGUCUUGGAACAGCAUCACCACAAAAAAAACGAAUCAAAUCAAGCGGGUCCUCAAUAGUUGAUGCGAUGCGGAAGAAGCAAGAUGAGAAGUUUCAGCUGCGUGGUAAGGACAUACCAGAUCAAGACUUGAAGGCUGUCGACAUGACCAGGGCGGAGAACUUCUUCAAGUAUGGAAUAGUUUUCACGAAUAAACUCAAAUACGCAGAAGGCGAUCAGACUUCGUCUUCCGGCACAGGUCAUGAUCUUAAGCUGCAGUCUGCUGAAGAUGAGGACGAUGUCGAUACUUCUGAAAAAAAGCUGCACUAUGAAGAAUGGAAAACGUUGAAUGUGCUGAACCACAUUCGUUGCAGUAUUGCGCCGUCUGUUGCUAUACGUCAUGCUAUAGCUUCGCCACCUGGUCCACGAAUCUGGUGUAAAGAAGGAGAUGGAUCUUCUCGAUUGAUGCGGCUGGGACAACGGAAAAAAAUUAACAGAUCAGCCGGACAGUUUUUCACAAGGAGCUACAUCUCGUUUCCUGCACCUCUCGAUAGAUUCCGAUAUGAUGAAACUGCUGAUCUUGCUACCGGGCAAGUACUAGAGGACUGCCCUACUGAGAUAGAUUUCUUCAAACUCGGCGCCACAGUUAACGCAGGCCCCCGCAACAAGAGUGUUGACGUUUCCGAUCGGAUGCCAAAUGUCAUUGCGAAGACAUCGGAAGAAACGAAGCAAGCAAGUGGCACGCUAUUCAAUCAAGACAGGAAAGAGCAAGCAGAUCGGUACGUGGAACCUAGUAGAAUGGAGAUUCAAGAGCUGCAGCGAACCACUCAUGAAGCAGUUCGAAAAGCAACGCUAAAAGCAGUAUCUGCAAACAAAGGAG